AUGACAGACAAAGAACAGAUCGGCCUUAGUUCUGCGGACCCGGAGCAUGCAAGUCUCUCUGAUUCGACCGAAGAGUCUGAAGUCUUCAAGAAGACCGCGGACGGUGUCAGCUUUCGCAAUGUGGGCUGGUUCAAAGCAUGCAUUCUGUUCGUGAAAGUACUCUUUGCGACAGGAGUAUUGUCGCUGCCUUCGGCACUACUCUCUCUUGGUGCUGUGGGAGGUGCCAUUAGCGUCGUCGCCUGGGGUGCCUUGAAUACAUAUGCCUUUGUGAUCCUGGGCGACUUUCGCAUGCGUCGCCCUCACUGUCACUCCAUUGCGGACAUGGCAGAAGUAAUUGGCGGUGUUAUUGGUAAAGAGAUCACCGGCCUUUUGUUUAUUAUCGGCUACGUUCUUGUUACAGGCAGUGGGAUAAUCGGCGUGUCUACAGCCUUGAAUGCCCUCUCACACCAUGCCGCGUGUACAGUCUGGUGGUCAUUCCUAGCUAUGGUAGUAGUGGUCGCCACUGCCUCAAUCCGCAAACUCACCCAUAUUGGCUGGCUCACGUAUGUAGGCUUCGCGUCUAUUUAUGCUGCGGUGCUGAUUGUCGUCAUCGGUGUCACUACACGAGACCGACCCGCUGCCGCUCCCCAGACAGGCCCCUACGAACUUGGUUAUGUAGCUAUUAACAAUCCAGGUUUCGCCGCCGGUAUGGUCGCCUCUAGCACUAUCUUCGUCUCCUCGGCCGGUACGAGCGCCUUUCUCCCUGUAAUCUCAGAGAUGCGGAACCCGAAAGACUAUAAGAAGGCGCUGUACCCCUGUAUGGUACUAGUCACGGCAUCAUAUCUUGCCUUCAGCUUGGUCGUUUAUCGCUGGUGUGGACAAUGGGUCGCCAGUCCGUCAUUAGGGAGUGCUGGCCAGACGAUCAAGAUGGUAUCCUACGGCGUUGCCUUGAUAGGGCUAAUUGCGAGCGCCACGCUCUAUCUUCACGUUGGAGCAAAAUACCUCUUUGUAAGGAUCCUGGGCAAAACCCGUCACUUGCAGGCAAACUCGGUGAUCCAUUGGGGGACUUGGCUUGCCUGUACAAUGUUUCUAGGCGUCAUCUCUUUCAUUCUCGCUGAAGCGAUUCCUAUAUUCAACUACCUGAUUGCCUUGGUUGGAUCGUUAUGCUUUGCUCCGCUCGCUAUAUCCCUCCCCGGGUUACUUUGGCUACACGACCAUGGGCACUACUUGAAGGGGUCUCUUGUGCAGAAGGUCAAGUACCAUCUCCAUAUUGGAAUGGUCGUCCUUGGCAUAUUCUUCCUAGUCGGUGCGACCUACGGUGUCAGCAUCCAAAUCAAUGCGGCCUACGCUGAUGGAACCAUUGGCUCGACAUUCUCCUGCGCUGACAACUCCAAUUCCUCUUAA